UUACCUUCUUUUUUCUUGUUUAUCCCCUCAGUCCGUCCAUCCCUCCUCCAGCCUCCUUUCCCUCUCUCCCUGCCAGUCAACAUGUCAGUUGUCCCUCAUCCUUGGCAGUUCCUCCCUCUGUCCCAGGCAGAGCUUGGCCCUCUUUUCUCCAACUCCAGCCCCUUCUCUUUCUCAAAGAGCCUCUUCAUGAUGCCCCCACCCAACUGGGCCCCCAGACCGGGCCUCCAGGCUUCAUUUGGCCCUUACUCAGUGACACAGCUCAUAUCAGAGGCUGUCCUCCCUCUCUCCCCCCCUUUGUCUGCCUCCCUCCUCUCAGAGCAUGUAGAGAGAGGGAGGGAUGAGGCAGGGCAGGAAAGGUUCCUUUUGAGGACACUGUUCCACAAGUGGGGUGACACAAGCACCCGAAGGACCUGUGUUACCCUGCAUGCCUUCAAGGAUACAGAGGAGCACAAGGCCUCCUGUAUAACACAGCCUCCUCUAGGGCUAUGUGUAGCAACUCUCACGCUGCCCAGUGACUGGUUCGAGGAUCAGAACACAAAUCGAUCACAUCCUGAUUUGCACAAGUGGCAAAGUAGAAUCCACCCUCACAAUCGCAUCCACAAGCGUGAACGGCAGCGGAGUAGACAUCAUCACAGCAACCCUGUCAACCGUCAACGUGCGAGUUCUCCUUCACUGAGGUAUCAUCCAGGUGUUGAUGGGGACCCCCACGCAGAUGUUCCACAGGCCCUCAGAUACCCAAGGGGCCCUACGAGAAGCCAAAUACAGCUCUACUACUCCAAUUUUGACACAGUGGCCAACCUGAAGCUGACGCCACCAGGAUGUGUGGAGGAUCGGGAUGCUCAGUCCCAGAGGCAGCUCUUCCAUAUCAAAGCAGUGGCACUGAGGGAGGAGGAGAGGGAGAAGCAAACAGGGCAGAGGAGGACCAAAGAAGAAGAAGCCUGCUUGAACAGGCAGGAUGGGGAGGAGCUUAGCUUGGACUCCCAUGUCGUGAUUCGCUACCACAGGGGACCAGUCCUGAUAGGACAGCCAAUCAGGAUGUCUGUAAAUCUAAGAUCCAACUUCAGCGCCGAGUUUGUUGUCAUAAGGCUGAAGGUGAAGAAGGGCUUGGUGUCGAUGGUGGCACAGAGAACCCUGACCUCUGACCUGUGGGCAGUGACCUUGGAGAAAAGUCGAGGAUCCACACAUGAUGUGUUGUCCAUCCUCUGCCACAAACACAGUACACUCAAGCACUCGCACAAUUCCACCCUUCUUCUGCAGGUAGUGUGUCUGACAGUAGACGGUUUGAGGCGAAGCUUCGGUGUUGCCAUGACAGUGUCAGCUAACUGGUGGGUGGAGUACUCUGGGCGCAGUAACCCGCCAUCGCCACGAGGGGAGACAGUUAGCACCUUCUCAUUCACUGACAGACACAUUGUUGGGAUUGCUCCCAUCACAGAGAGUAACAAGAUCAUCAACACCGCCAUACUGACCAACCAGCGAGUCUCACUUCCUGUCAUUGUGCUGGCCAUAAGCCAUGAUGGGAAGCUGUCAGAUGUCACCGCUGCAGUCACAUGUCACUCUACCAACGAGAACACUCUCAAGGUGUCCAGUGAUUGCUCCACCCUCUUUGUGGAUGGCAGCGAAUCAGGGUUGGGCAACACGUGUGCAGUGGUGGAGUUUCUACUGGGCGCGCUCAGCGGCUCUGUGUGUCUAGAGGUCUGGGCUCCGUCUGUGCCCCUGCGAGUUUCCUUGUCAGACCCCAUUCUCAACGCCAUCAGUGGCUGGAACCACUUCACAGAGAACGGGUGUGUGCCGGUGUAUCAGCGCUCCACGGUUCAGGUUCUGGCUCAGUUCACAGCUCAGGACUCCCGCAGCAGAACGGUACACCUCUUAAACUCGUCUGAUUGGUUCGUGGAUGUAACAGAGCUGGUCCGUGAGUGGCUGAGAGUGGAGGACCCUGGAGUGGCUUCCCUCGGCAACCAGAACAACCUGAUUGGUUUACGGCCAGGAAAGACUUCACUCUAUGUUGGCUCAGAGCAGUGGGAUGGCGUGCUGGGCAGAUGUGACAUCACUGUGACCUCCGAGCCUGUUACCCCUGCAGACCUGUCAGUACAAGUGGUCAAUGGCCUCGGCAUGUCAGUCAUGGGCAGCCCCACACACCCUUCCAUUGUCACAACAACAGUGACGGCCUACAAUAUCCUGUACAACCACCACCAGGAGGCGUCCAUCAGCGUUUGGCUUCAGUUUAGCGAUGACGCCGCCUCCCUCCUAUCCUCCUUCAGUGAUCUUCCUUAUUUCCUGCGUCUCUCCUCAUUGGCUGAGACUGUGGUUGUGGUGACAUCGGGCCCCAACCAACGCAUCUUUGCCCAGGGCGAUGGAGGUGGGCCGUUACUGCGAGCAGAACUUCUGGUUUCAACCUGCACUGACCAGCCAGUCACCUCCAACUUGAUAAUUGAAGGCAACACGGAUUGGACAGAUACAGGGGGAGGAGGCAGGAUGAGGAGGCUAGCAAGGGGAUCCGGUUGGAUAAGAGUCAACCUAGACCUGGGUUUCCUGCAGCCAGCAGGGGACAAGGGGGAGGAGGGGGAGGAGUUUGAGUUUGAUAUAUCAGACAUGCUAGUUGAGUCAGACAGCAAUGUCUACACAUCAAACUUUGAAGAAGACAACAGUGGGAAUGUGAGCAAUGACUACUAUGACAAGAUAAGCGGGGGAGUGAUUAAUAGAAAUUGGAACAAGGUGGGGAACAUAGGGAUGGUCAGUCGCAACAAUCUGGAAAGAGCUGUUCUGAUGCCAAGCCAGCAGGAGGGCUCUGUGUACUUCUCUCCAAGCCAUGAGAGAGAGGGAGAGUGGGACGAGAACGGUGGGCAAGGAACUCGAGAGCUGGAGAUUGGUGUUGGUGCUGUCCUCUCUCUGCUCUGUCUCUCUGCCGUCCUCUUCUUGGCAAACUGCCUGCCCUGUGCCCUGCGAGACAGGAAGAGGGCAACGGCUGAGGAGAGGGUGGAAGGGGAACUAGAGGAUGGCACAAAGGAAAAAGAGGAGGAGGAGAUGAUUAAGGAAGAGGCAGAGGACAUCGGCGCAGGUGAGAGGCAGAAGACAGAGGGUGAAGACGAGAUAAAGCGGAAGCAUCAGCAGGAAGAGGAGGACCAGGACAAUAGAGAAGUGGAGAUCAUUUGCUGACACAUUCACAGGCUGAGCUUCAAAUCUGUCCUCAUUCUAACACAAAAGCAACAACGAAAAUGACGCUGCAUUUAAAACGUCCUGGAGGUCUAGCUGCUCCAAAUAUCACAGGCUGGUCUCAUCACAAUUUUGUAGGAAAUGCUACUAAAAGUAAUGCAAUAGAAUUCGUAUGAAUUCCACUAAAUUGUGUGUCAGGAGGCUGGGGACACGUGACCUAUGCGAUGCUCUCUCUUCGUGAAAACAAAAAACAUGCCGGACAUUCAUCUAACCCUAACCCUAAUAUGAAAAACACAUAUGAAGUCUGCACCACGGUGAUUCAGCAGAGUGACAGCCACAGGAAUAAGCUUUUCCUGAACCUGCUGAUCUGGGAACGGAGGACCCUGUAGCGCCUCCCAGAGGGGAGGAGGACAAACAGUCUUAGACUUGGUUGUGAGAAAUUGGGUUAUUAAUGAACAAAGAUGUCUCUAACUUGGUCCAAAGUGAACAUAUGAUUGUGUAUAAAGCAAACAUACAUAUUUUGACCAUAUUUGCCCAUUAAAUACCUCUUAAAACAGAUUUGACAGAUUUGAUCCAACUUGGACCUCAAUGGGGUCUGAGAAUGUACACCUGUGUUUAGAACAAGAUGAAAUGUAAACUUUGUCGUCAAAAAAAAGUAAAGGUCUUGACCUCAGGAGUAACAUUAUGACACUGGGAGAAUUGUGGAUGGCUCCUGCUCCUCAGGGAUGACCUUUGAACCUUGCACCUGAGUCAGUUUUGAUGGCUUACAGGAUGGAAACUAAAUAUGCAACAGACAUGGUAUGAACUGUUUUGGAAUUGUCUUGAACUCCACUACCAUAGCCCAAUGCAAAACUAUGGGGGGGUGCCACUGAGUAGGGUCAAAACCUUGAUUAAACUAGAUUUGACCGUUUCAUUAGUAAGAAAAACUAAAUCUAACUAAACAGGUGUUUUUCUCACACCAAAAAACCAUAAAGAAGCAUCUAACAUAAUAGGGAAAACUCAUUAGAACUACAAAAGAUGGGAACAAAACACACACACGUACAGAAACGCCAUUCAAUUUGUAGUUCUCUGUAUGGUUCUUCCUGGUUUAGAUUAGGGUUGUGAAAAUAGGGUUUAGAAAACAAAUUAGCGGGGGAUUUUUUUAACCAUGAAUGAGCAUAUUGAAACUGAAACACACAUAUCUCGACAUAGAUAUCAUCAAAACACAUUUUUAUUAAGAAACAUUGCUAAAAUAUAACGUUUUCCACCAGGAAUACAUCAUCUCCGCCAUCUUGCUUUAUCAGAGCGCUGCGGAGGUCUGAAAAUGUAGCGCUAAAAAUACGUAUGAUUCUUUACGAAAAUUUUGACAUAACUUUUAGUACGAUAUCUUACGAACCGUUUCAUGAGACCACGUUGCGCACGUUGAAUGUCAAGCUUGGAGCAGAAAUUGUCCACACUUUGUUCACUGCUGAGGGUCAAUACUGAAAUUAACUGAAACUCUGGGCACUAUUCAAGGUUUAAACUUUUUCUUUAAACUCUGCAGUGGAUCUAGAAUAUAAGAGGGUCGUCCCUGUCUCCUUUUAACGCUAACCCCAACCCCCCGAAGAUUCAUGAUAGUGAGAGUACCAGUAACCAUGUGAUAUGGGAUAUAAUGCCACAGCAUUACUCCAAUACACCAUUUAAAGUUUGUGGUCUCCCAUACCCCCAGUGCAACUGUGACAUCACUUUGUUUUCGGGGUGUUUUGUAGCGUCACUUGUGAGACAAUGUGAUGUUGCACUCUAAUGUGUAAAUUCAAUUUCACAGCUAAGUCUGUUGGUUUGGAUUCUUGAAUCCAGCUCAUACUUGUUUUUCACUAUAUCCCUCAGAUUCAGCUUUAUUUGUCUAACUGUGCAUAACUGUCAUCCUUUGUCAUUGGUUUGUGUGACUUUAAGAUUUGAGUAUGGAUGUUUGUUUGAUUUGUUAUAUUUUUCCUGAUGCGCAGGGCAAAUAACUAUUUUAACCUUUCAAAUCUUUGUACAAAUUGAUAAGGGCAGCAUCACCAUCAGGUAGCUUUUAACUGGCUGAUUUAGGAAAACCUACUUAGAACAAGGUCUUCCAAGUCCUCAUUUAAAGACCUUGAAUUUUUACAGUAGUUUACAGCAUGACAGCUGAAACUGAGCAAUGUUUCUUAUGAAUAUCAUAGCCUAAACAGUUCGGUCUAUCAGGGUUGGCUUUAGCCAUCACCACAUUUUCAAUGAGGUUUAAAAAUGUGGUCAAGGGAACAUUUACAUGUGCACGGCAAAAGAGCGACUGUUAAUACUACUACUGCAUCUAUUGAGAACAAGAGCUCAUGUAAUAAUCCUGCUGACGCUACAGGAUUUAUGGUGAUAGUUGCAGUUGUCUAUCAGUGCACCCAGGCUUUAUUCAGUCCACUGGAUCUUUACUCAGUCAAUCGGACAUUUAUCAAAUCAAUCCGGUCUUCACUCAGUCGAACCAUGAUGCAGUUGAUGAUAUGUGGUUAUACAUAUCAGUGGACUUGAAAGCAGGUUGACAGAACAUGAUUUGCUCUUAUUAAAUAAAAUUAAACUUCUGAAGCAGAUGAGAUUUCCAGACAAAUUGUACCUCAGUGGAUUGACAGCUUUUGAUGUCUUUAUUCUAUCCAGUGUAUACUAUGUAUUUACAGACCAUUGAAUAAUUACUUUGUAUUUUGAAACUACGUAUUUAAAUCCAAACCUGAAUCUUCUCUUUUCUUAAUGUGUCAUCUGGUCUGUUGUCUUUAUCUGAUCUAAAAUCGUGUUUAAAUGAAAUAAACGUUUUGAAGGACAGCUGACUUUGUAAUGACAGACGUUUGAUGGAGCGGAGCUGUUAAACAGUGUGUGUUGUGCACAUAGGACUGCAUGAGAUACGAUUGUAAAUAAAACAUGAAUUAAACCCCAGACAAUGUCUAACUGUCA